AUGACCAGUGAAAAUCCCAAUCGCGAAGUCUUGCCCACCAACGUGAGUCCGCUCCACUACGAUUUGUGCGUGGAACCCAAUUUCGACACUUUCAAGUUUGAUGGAAGCGUCAAAAUCGACCUUCAAGUCAACGAUUCCAGCAAAGACACCAUUCAAUUGAACACUCUGGAAACCGAGAUUCAUUCUGCCCAAAUUGGAGAUCAAAAGGCUGUGAAAUGGGAUAUUGACACUGAGAAUCAGGUGGCCACGUUUGAGUUCCCCAAGGGCUUCUUCAAAAACCAGAAAACUGUCACUUUGGAUCUUACUUUCACAGGUAUUCUUAACGACAACAUGGCCGGCUUUUACCGUGCCAAAUACAUCGACAAAAAGACUGGGGCUACGAAGUACAUGGCCACAACUCAGAUGGAGGCUACCGAUGCCAGAAGAGCGUUCCCAUGUUUCGACGAGCCCAACCUCAAAGCCACUUUUGCAAUCACUUUGGUCUCCAGCCAGCACUUGACGCAUUUGUCAAACAUGGACGUCAAAUCCGAAUGCUUGAAGGGCGACAGAAAAUUCACCUCAUUCAACACUACCCCAAAAAUGUCCACCUACUUGGUCGCGUUUAUCGUUGCGGAAUUGAAGUACGUGGAAAGCAAGAAUUUCCGUAUUCCAGUUCGUGUGUAUGCUACUCCAGGUGAGGAACACGACGGUCAGUUCGCCGCCGACCUAACGGCUAAGACGUUGGCAUUUUUCGAGCGCACCUUCGGCAUUGAGUACCCACUUCCCAAACUAGACAACGUUGCUGUACAUGAGUUCAGUGCGGGUGCUAUGGAAAACUGGGGGCUGAUCACAUACAGAGUCGUCGACCUACUUUUGGACCGCGAAAACUCAACUUUGCAGCGUGUCCAAAGGGUCGCAGAAGUUGUUCAACAUGAACUUGCCCACCAAUGGUUUGGAAAUCUAGUCACAAUGGACUGGUGGGAAGGUCUUUGGUUGAACGAAGGAUUUGCCACUUGGAUGUCUUGGUAUUCUUGCAACGAAUUCGAGCCCGAAUGGAAAGUGUGGGAACAGUACGUCUCGGACAGUUUGCAAUCCGCGCUGGCCUUAGACGCUCUUAGGUCGUCUCACCCAAUUGAAGUACCAGUUAAGAAAGCUGACGAAAUCAACCAGAUCUUUGAUGCCAUCUCAUAUUCCAAAGGUUCUUCUUUGUUGAGAAUGAUCUCCGUUUGGUUAGGAGAGGAUGUCUUUAUCAAAGGUGUUUCUAACUACUUGACCAAGUUCAAGUACGGCAACGCUAAGACAGAAGACCUAUGGGAUGCACUUUCUAAGGCUUCUGGUAAGGACGUGCGUAAGGUCAUGGAAAUUUGGACCAAAAAAGUCGGCUUUCCUGUCGUUACCGUCGAAGAGAGUGGUAAUAAAAUUAAAUUCACUCAGAAUAGGUACUUGACUACCAAAGACGUCAAACCUGAAGAAGAUGAAACGUUGUACCCAGUUUUCCUGGCUCUCAGAAAUGGCAAAGAGAUCGAUCAUUCUCUGGUUCUUAACGAGAGAUCAAAGACCGUGACAUUGAAAGACGCUGAAUUUUUCAAAGUGAAUGCUGAUCAAGCCGGUAUUUUCAUCACCUCUUACUCCGACGACAGAUGGGCCAAGUUAGCUCAACAAGCCGACAAACUCUCGGUAGAAGACAGAACCGGCCUUGUUGCCGAUGCCAAGGCUCUUUCGACCUCAGGUUACACAUCAACCACCAACUUUUUGGAAAUCAUUUCUCACUGGAAAUCUGAAGAGUCUUUUGUCGUGUGGGAGCAGAUGAUCAACAGUCUGUACUCUUUGAGAGCUUCCUGGUUGUUUGAGUCUCAGGAAGUGAACGAUGCCUUGAACGAGUUCACAAGACAGCUAGUCUCCGAGAAGGUCAAAAAGCUGGGUUGGUCGAUUGAAAAAACAGAUUCGUACGCCAUUCAGCGCAUGAAAGUCGAGAUGUUCUCCACUGCUAGCGCCGCAAAGAUUCCAUCUGUGGUGUCCGCUUCGUUGGAGAUGUUUGACAAAUUUGUUGACGGUGACAAGAGCGCCAUCCCUGCUCAAUUGAAGCCAUCUGUCUUCAGCACUGUGGCCAAGAAGGGCGGCGAAGAUUACUAUAACAAGUUGUUCUCCAUCUACAAGAACCCUUUCAACACAGACGAGAAGCUAGCAGCUCUUCGGAGUUUGGGAAGGUUCGAAGACGCAGAGCUCAUACAAAGAACUCUGGGUUUCUUGUUUGAUGGCACUGUUCUGCUGCAAGAUAUCUACAUCCCCAUGCAAGGUCUGCGCAUGCAUGUUGCUGGUAUCAAUGCUCUAUGGAAGUGGGUUACUGAGAAUUGGGACGAGCUCAUCAAAAAACUUCCCCCUGGGCUAACAAUGCUAGGGUCUGUUGUCGCACUCGGAACUUCCGGUUUUACGUCUUUUGAGUCGAUUGAAGAAGUUAAGAAGUUUUUCAGCGGAAAGUCCACCAAAGGUUUCGACCAGGGUCUAGCACAAGCUUUGGACACCGCCACUUCUAAAGCUCAGUGGGUUCAAAGAGACCGCGACAUAGUUUCCAAGUAUCUGAAAGACAAUGGUUGCGGAAAGUCUGCGUAA